AUGGCCGCGAUCGAUGUCACACUGGAGGACAUUCUGGACGAUGGAGAUGCCCGGGACCAGCGGACACGCAGUCCCAACGACGCGCCUGAAAUGGCGGCUCUCGCGAGGUGCCUCCACGAGGCGCUGGAUGGGGACGACGAACGGGUGGAUGCUGUGCGCCAGUUUGAAGAAGUUCUCGGCGGUGGUGCUGGCGGCAACGGCGGCGGUGGUGGAUACGGCAGUCGUGCCAGCAGGGGCAGAGGUGGCAAUAAUAACGCAAGGUGUCAGCUGCCGCCAAUCCAAUCAGGCGAGGUUUCGGAGGUGAGCGUGAUGGCGGCCUUGGCGGCGAUGGGGCUGUCAGCCAAGCCAGGCCUGCCGACGGCGCCGGAGGUGCCCGACGAGACCGGCGGCGGCGGGGGUGGCGGUGGCAAUGGUGUUAGCGGCGCCGCUGCCGCCGCACCCCCUAAUGAAGCUGCGGCUGCAGGCAGUGAUGAUGACGACGAGGAUGAUGAUGUAGCGGCAGCCGCAGCCGGCGGCGGUGCUCCAGCUGCUGCCGCCGGCGAAGAAGCCCCGAAGAAGCGGAAAACCCGCCGUGGCCGCCGUGGCCGCGGCAGCCGGCGGCAGUCGAAUGCGACGGCGGACGAGGCGAUGACCGCAGCAGUCGUGGCCGCUGCCACCGCUGGUGCAACUGCUAGCGAUGCAGGGAGCGGUGGUAACGGUGGCGGUGGCGCCAUCGCAGCGGCCGUUCCCCCAGCGGACCCAGCACCGCCAGUGGUGCCGCUUUUGCUUCCGCACCUCCGCGCCGUCGGUUCCGCCAGCGGCGGCGCCGACAGCAGCGACCCCAGCUUACUCACUGACGGCAGUAAGAAUGACGGCAGCGGCGGCGGUUCCAAGAUCCGCCGCGGCGGCCAGCCUGCACGGACCCGUCGCCAUGAGCGCCGUCGCGCCGCGCGGGUGCCCGACGAGACCGGCGGCGGCGGGGGUGGCGGUGGCAAUGGUGUUAGCGGCGCCGCUGCCGCCGCACCCCCUAAUGAAGCUGCGGCUGCAGGCAGUGAUGAUGACGGCGAGGAUGAUGAUGUAGCGGCAGCCGCAGCCGGCGGCGGUGCUCCAGCUGCUGCCGCCGGCGAAGAAGCCCCGAAGAAGCGGAAAACCCGCCGUGGCCGCCGCGGCCGCGGCAGCCGGCGGCAGUCGAAUGCGACGGCGGACGAGGCGAUGACCGCAGCAGUCGUGGCCGCUGCCACCGCUGGUGCAACUGCUAGCGAUGCAGGGAGCGGUGGUAACGGUGGCGGUGGCGCCAUCACAGCGGCCGUUCCUACAGCGGACCCAGCGCCGCCAGUGGUGCCGCUUUUGCUUCCGCACCUCCGCGCCGUCGGUUCCGCCAGCGGCGGCGCCGACAGCAGCGACCCCAGCUUACUCACUGACGGCAGUGAGAGUGAUGGCAGCGGCGGCGGUUCCAAGAUCCGCCGCGGCGGCCAGCCUGCACGGACCCGUCGCCAUGAGCGCCGUCGCGCCGCGCGGGCAGGCGGCUGGCAGAGGUUACGGCCUGACUUCUGCUCCCGGCCGACCCGGGUUCAAAUCCGCCUGCCGGCUCCUCGGGUGUUUGAGGAGUGUUGAAAUGGCCCCCCAUCACAUGGACGAUGUAGGACGUGAUAAAAUCAAUUUGCGAGCUAACCAGGAACUAAGUUGAUGCGCCGUUGAUCCGCUAGAUUUGGUUGGAUGCUGGUGGUGAGUUGCCGAACCCAACGAAUACAUUCUGAAGUCGGAUGGGGUGACGGAUUAGGGUGCCCCUCCAGCAGGGGAGAGCAGGGACUGCCCCGGGAAAGGGGGCCGCUGGCGAAGUUAACCACCCUGUAACAACAUACUUCC